AUGAUACUGCCGUACGCCAUGGCUCUGCCCAAGCUGGGUUCACUCCAAGAGUGCUCCGACUUCUCAAAAACCGUCACGCCCUUCCUGCCACAACUCUACGCCCUCCCGCGUCAAAUUCUGGGCACCGUGUUCAAUGGAGGGAGCUUCCUCAAACUGUACAUGGAGACCAACCCGUUCAUCAGCGGGCUUGGGGCCUCCAUCUUCCUGGGCGGCGUGUUCCUUGUUGCUGCCGAGGUCAACAAAAACUACUCGCAAGUCGAUCGCUUUUGGAGCAUACUGCCGACCGUCUACAUCGGUCAUUUUGCGACUUGGGCGCGUCUGGUCGGAAUUCCCAGCCGGCGCAUCGAUGCCGCCUUGCUUUUUAGCACAAUUUGGAGUACGCGCCUGACAUACAACUAUUGGAGAAAGGGCGGGUAUGGAAUCGGACACGAGGACUACAGAUGGCAAAUUGUUCGCGACAUGCUGCCCAAGUGGGCUUUCCAUAUCCUGAACUGGACAUUCAUCUCCUUUAUCCAGAGCGUUCUGCUUUACAUGUUCGCUUCUCCUGUCUACGUUCUUCUCUUGGCCACUCAGUUCGAGCCCGAGCUCUCCACAGCUGACAUUGGCUUCACCGUCAUGGAAUUGGGUCUUAUUCUGACCGAGUUCAUUGCUGAUCAUCAACAAUGGGUCUUCCAGUCAGCGAAGAAGGAAUACCAGACCACUGGUCAAGUCCCGGCCGGCCACAACAAGGCUGAUCUUGACCGCGGAUUCAUCACCUCUGGCCUCUGGGCUUAUAGCAGACACCCGAACUUUGCUGCUGAGCAGUCCAUCUGGCUCACCCUUUACCAGUGGGGCUGCUUCGCGACGAACAGUCUCUACAAUUGGACCGUUCUCUCGCCCAUCAUGCUUAUGAAUGUGUUCCAGGGCUCUACGUGGCUGACGGAGCGCAUCACGUCUGGAAAGUAUCCCGAAUACAGCGCGUACCAAAAGAAGGUCGGCACGUUCAUACCCAAGACUUUGAAGGGGUACACGACCCCUGUGCCCAAGGUUAUCCGCACCAGUGAUCUUGCCAAGAAGCUACAGGAGAAGGAGAAGGAGGAGAGCAAGAAGCAAAAGUGA